UGUUCGCCUCCCAAUUUCUAACGGCCGUUUUCCCGCAUCGGCUGUUCCGCUCUAUUUGCCUAAUCUCUGUGGAUACUGCGCCUGCAGAACUGGGCUUUUGUCUUCGCGCUUCGGGUGAUAUACACACCCGAGAUGUUUACGCAUCCUCCUCCACUUUCCAGUCAAGUCGUUUUAGGCAUGGCUGCUUCUGGAAUGGGGUCGUCCAACCACGGUAACCACCUCCAGAGCGGAUCGACACUGUUAGGUUCGAUUCCUGUAUCUUCUCGCGUACAAUCUUCUGGCGACGACUUCACGGAGGAAGACAUUUGGUCGGUAACGGAUUCUGAUAACCCAUCCGACGGACUCGUCAGGGUUUCGUUACAUGACCAAGGCGUACCGUCAAUGCGUCUUAAUAACCGCAUCAGGCCUGAAGCAGACACGAACCAAGCUCAAGGGCUCGCGAUCCUUUCGUCAGACAUUCUGUCUUUCGGACAGCGUCCUGCGGGAGACAUUGUCAAGCCGACUGGAGUUAACCCAGUCGUUAUUCCAACGGUUCACAGCCAUCUGGACCAUCUAAAGUCGAGGCUUUCUCAGGGACACCACCGUGCCUCCGCUCCUGUGAACGUUCCUGACUGGAGUAAAAUAACCGGCAGAUCGUCAAAACCGUCUCAUUGGAUGGCGAACGACGAUCCCGAGGAUGACGCUGAUGACGCCAUGGUUCCUCCGCACGAGCUUGCAGCGAGGAAUAUAUCCCCGACAAUGUGCUUCUCGGUUCACGAAGGAGUUGGAGGGACGUUACGAGGCAGAGAUCUGGCUCGCGUACGAACGGCUAUUCUGCAGAAGACGGGUUUCAUCGACUCCUAACGUCCCGCUUCUGCCUCUGCUUUUGCUUCGGACGCUCCUUCACAUCUUCCAACGGCAUUCUCCGACGGUGUCUCUCAGAAACGACUGGACCAGGGGUGUGUCUGUUUUGAAGUCAUUAUUUAAUGGGUACCUAAUGCCGUGAGUUAUUCCCGUUCACUGGCAUGCAGGUGACUUCCCGUAGGGAAAGCCCGGCCUGCUUUAUGCAAGACCCCGAGUUUAAACAGUUAUUUAUCUCGCGAUUGGGCAACUGGCCGUGCCUGCACGUGCUGUGCAAGUCUCAGGGAAUGAGGUGGUUGGUUCCUUGCCCUCCCAAGGAGUGCAAAGACUACCUACCAUAGGUGCUUCGCUUCCACCUAUCCCGGCUAAUGUGUUGGGUUCUGCUUUUCAGGUCCCAUCCCAGAUUACUUCUCAACCUGGGAUUGUCAAAAUUACCGGUAUUGAAGCCUUACUGGUGUCUGGACACUGAUUUCGUAGUCCAAGUCUGAGAAGUGUAGAGUAGCUGUGGCAUAGAUGAUCUAGUUGAUGUGUUUCAUUCGUUCCACGAUGUGCAAUGUGCACCUUGUGCAGGCACUAGUGUCUCAUUGAGAAAGCACACUAACACAGAUACUAAAU